UAAAACAGGAACUUCGGCACUUCGAUUGGCGAGAUAUUUUUAGUGAUCGCAAAUGUACGUUUUUGAUCGCAAUUGCCCCACUGACAUGGUGAAAUGAUUGAGAUGGAUUUGUAGAGUAUGUUAAUAAAAAAAUGAAGUGUUACUGUGAAUACAAAGAAUAUUAGAGGCAUUUUGGUGGAAAUGAUCGCAUAACGGUAAAGGGACUCUAUAAUCGGGAAUCUUCAAAAUAUUGCAGUGGGGCGACACAAUUAAUUUGGUCUCGGCUGAAUAAAUAUUGGACAAUAUUUGUUUUUGCGUAUUGUUUGCUAACUGUAAAAUCCUGACACGCAAGCGAUUAACAAGCUUACACACAGUUCUAAUGUAGGCUAGGUACCGUACCGUACAUUACCAUACUUUCUGUUAUACCAGCGUGUGAAAAGCGUUAAUAAGUAGUGGGACUGUUCAUUGGUUACAACCUGCCUUGUAUUAUAGUAGUCAAACAUUUUAUUCACACUUUGGAUUUACAAAGUCGAAAAUCCAAGGAGUUCUUGUGAACAGAUGACAUGGCGGGAUGUGGACAGCAAAACCAACAGAAACAGCAUAAUGUAUAUAACAUUAAUAUUUCCUUGGGCAAUCCGCAAAUUCAGCGAGAAAUUGUGCAAACAAGGACGACUGAGAUUGCUGCAGGGGAGAUUGGACUGAUAAAUAUUCCACAGGCGGAAGAACAACAGAAUGCUCAAAAUGUUGAACAACAACAGAAUGCUCAGAAUGUUGGUCAACAACAGGCAGCUGUUAUCGUUCCACCUGUUGUAAUCGAUGAAGGUGUUGAUGCUUUGAAUUUGUCAUCAAAAAUCUCAGAGGCUCUUGAGAGUGAUGCUAUUGAAAUAAAUGAAGAUCUUGAAGUACAGAAUCUUCAAACGAAGAAAGAUAGAGAACCAACUCAAUCUAACCAUCGGCCACCUCGUACUCAAAUUCUCAACCCUCAACCAGAACAAACUGCAGCCGUUCCAAGUUAUAUGACUGCACAGAGUUUAAUUAAUGCUCCGAAGAUUUCGAUGCUACAAAGAAAAUCUUCCGAAUUAUUCGACCAGUCUGAAUAUGAAGACGCAGUACCGUUCUUGGAAGAACUGGCAACCCUGCAAACCCAUCAGGAUUUCUAUACAAUACUUAAGAUGGUCGAGUGUUUCAUACAACUUGGUAGAGAAAAGAAAGCAGAAAAAUCUAUUGAGAACCUACGAAAUAUUUUGAUGACGUCAUCGGUGAUCAAUGCCUAUGAUGUCAGAAUCCUUGCGACCGAUUUGAUUUCAGAUUCAGCAUACAUUCGCGCUAUAAUUUUGCUUCGAAUAGCAAGUGAUAUGUACAGAGCCUGCUCGGAAUCGCCUGAUGAUGUAAUAAAAGGGAUUCAACUUUGUGUCUGUAAGACAUAUGAUGCUACAGAGUCAUUGAUAAAAUCCGGUGGUCGAUCUAAAAUUCUAGGAGUAGAUUACGGCAUAGAAUACAUGACAGAAAUGCUGGAUGUUAUUCGUGCAAUAAAAAACGCUGAUCCAGUGAAUAAGGCAGUGAAAGAGGCUUGGUUCUGUGAAUACAUAGGAUAUAACUAUUCAUUGGCAGGAGAAAAGAAAAAAAGUGUGAAAAUACGAAAGAAUGGAUAUGAGGUUUUGGAGAAACAGUUCGGGUCAAACGCCUCAAAAUAUCAAAUUUACGGUUUAUUGCUGCAUAAUGUCGGUGUAGAGUAUUAUAAUCUGAAUGAAUAUUCGGAAGCAGAAGCUCAUUAUAUCAAAGCCAUUGGUGCGUAUGAAAAGGCUUCAGAUUAUAGGACAGAAGCUGAGAGAAAGGAAGAUAUUGAAGAUUCAAAAACUGAGCUGAGGAAAACUCGCGCAAAAUUAACCUGAAACCUGCAUCGCAUAUUCACGGCGAAUGGUAAUUUACUAAAAACAUUGAAUAAAAUAUGCAAACCCUUAAAUCAGAUUUGUUAAUGUAAUUUGACACUGUAGAAAAUAUUCACCAGUUUUACUUGCAUAGCCCAGUGAUGUCACCACUUUAUUAUUCUAAAUCUAAAAUAUAUUAUUUUAAUCUCAUGUUUUAUGAACAACUGAUCGGCAUGGUUCAUAGGUAAACCAAUAUCUCAAAAUAUUAUCAUCUAUGGAUCAUACUUGAUCGGGCUCGAGUUUAGAGCUUAUUUAAUGCUUCAAUACAGUUACUGGUCAAUUUUGGUUGAUUCGUUGAAUGUUUUUAUUGUACUAACUUUUUUGCAAUGUUACGCACUCUCAUAUCUGGUCGAUGUUACAAGCCACCACAAAAGUCACUGGAACUAUAUACAAUUAUGGUGAGCGCGCACUCGUACAGAACUAAAAGAAACUGACCUAUUAGUAGGGCUGGGCAUUUCGAAUAGUAAAUUAUUCCAAUCGAUUAGGAGCGGAAUUUCGAAUCCCGGCAAUCUUGUUUUUUUCUUUUCUGCCAAUGGUUGAAGUAAAUUUCUCAAUUAUUUUACUGAAGCCAUAUUUUUUCAACAAAAUUCUGACAUACCACUCUAUUCUGUAGUGAGUUAUUGAUGAGAACGUGUUUAUUAUUGUGUGUGAACUCUCAGCAAUCUGUUUGAGUGGUGUAAUUUACAUUUCCAGUAAUUUAUGUGUCUGGGGGACCCAAUACAAUAAGAAAGUUACAUACAAUUAUAUAUCUCCCAAGUAUUCGAGAUUCGAUUCGAAAAAAAAAAUUUGAUGCGAUUCUGAAAUCAUCAGGUAUUCGAAAAUGCACAGCCUUACCUAUUAUUAGUAACACUGAAGCCCUAAAUCGGAUAGAAUUAUGAGGGUGCAUUCAGUUCAGGAAAACUACCAGAGAACUAUGAUGACAUCAUUUUUUUUUAAUUCUACUUGAAAUAAUGAUCUGUUUACAUUUUUACAACUUCUUACCGAGAUUUCUUUUUUUCAUUUUUAAUUAAAUUGUGUUUCAUACUGUUAGCAUUUGAUAAUUGGAGUGAUUUGCUUUUGUUUUCUCUUUUACAUUUAACCACUGAACUUGACAAUUUGAGCCAUAUAUAAUGCGAUUGUAGUAUGCUUUUAUGGAAAUUAUGGUAGCAUUUCAUAUAUUAUCUAAAUAUUGUAACAUUGUCAUGCAUUGCAGCACUGUACUUCUCAGUAUGAUUAACUGGUGGACUGACUCUUUUUUUUGUUUUGCAUUUGAACAGCAUUAACUUGACAAUGUUACCAUACAUGAUGCGGUAUUGUAGAAUGCUAUUUAUAUAUGGACAAUGCUUUUCAAUGGGUAAUUUGGCAUCUGUUGUUAAUAAAAUGGAAACAUUAUCUUGCAUUUUCAGAGUUAUGUCUUGAAAUAACCGGUGGAUUGGUUUAUUUACCAAGGUUUAUUUAUGAUUAUGAAUCAAUAUCGAAAAAAUUACUU